AUGGCCAAACCUAAGAAGGGCAAACAAAAGAAUGAAACAGUUUUAGCUUUGCCUGUCCAGCCUCCCCCGCUAGCCACGCACACAUCGCCUGUAAAUCCACCCUCGGAACUUUCACCGUUACCCCCGCCAGCACUCGGUUGGCCAUCGCCCAACCUCACAUCCUUAAACAUAAAUAGGCAGACGAAGAAAGACAAUGAUGAUGGAUGGUUGCCAACGGAUGGUGUUCUUGAAGAAGGCUUGCCGACUAUCAAGAAAGCGAAUGCGAAGUCACCGCUUGCGGCCAGUCCAUGGGGUGUUUCCCAACAGACUGGUUCUAUCCCAAGUGCGCAAGCAACCAAAGCAACCAUUGCAACGAAAAACGCUCCGGCUCCUGCAACGUCUGUUUGGGGGGGAUCGCAUCAUCCCACUGGGAAGGUCAGCACCUGGCAUCAACAAGCACAAUCGACGGAGCGCCCCAGCUGGGAUACUGGCGGUGCAGGCUGGCAUACCUCUGGCCAUGAUGCCUGGGGCGCAGAUGAUGAUUCAGAAUCAGAGUCAGAGUCGGAAGCUGGAGAUGGCCGGGGAUCAGUCCUUGCCGGUGGUGCCUCUUGGGGCCAACCCAAGGCUGCAAGUUUUACUCCCGGAACCUCUACUUGGAGAAGCUGGGGAGAUGAAGCACAGAGAAACUCCAAGGUGAACUCUUUUGCUACGGGAGUUACUGGGUCCAAGAAUGCCCUGUCAAGCCAACAACGCUCUCAGAUAUUGGACUCGUUGCUGAACGUGCCUCAGAGCCACAAUAAUUAUGUAGCUCAACACAAGCAAGCACAAGCGGCUACUCAGCAGGCUGUAAAGCACUUUCCACAUGUUACUCCAUCCCAAGCCCAUGCUGCCAGUCGUCACACACCCCGACAGCAUCCUAAUCAAUCCCAACCAAAGCGACUUCCUCACAUUUCAAAUAGACAAGCUACACACUCUAGUUGGCAUACUCCAGCAACGCCAAUGCAGCAAAGUGCGAGGCAAGAAGUCAAAUCGACUAAGGAAGGUAAAUCGGGAAAGCAUCGACGGUCGCAUUCUGAAGAUCAUUGGGGAGAAGAGUGGGGAGGAGGGGGAGGGGGAGAAGGAGGAGGUACAAACGCAAGUGAGUGGUGGACACCUGUGCAAGGUGAGGGCACCGACUCGUAUGGAUGGGGCCCGAUUCCUGAAGAGGAGGAGGAGGAUUACGAGGAUGCUCGCCGGGUUCACUUUUCUCCCAAAGCACCUUCCGCCAACUUAUGGGGCGAUGGUGGCAAGUCACCGGUCUGGGGAGGGGGAAAGCUUAGCAAAGCUGAAUCAGUUAGUGGAUGGGGGACGGAUGGAGACGGAUGGGUCGGAACGUCGGAUAAGACAAAUGGUUGGGGUUUGAAACCGCCUCAGGGAAAUAGUCCUUGGAGUACCUGGGGUGAAGAUGAGAGUCAAUCAGAUAGCCCGUGGGGAAUGGAUAUGAAAGAGGAGAACAGUCCAUGGAGCUUACUAGAACGCCCUAAAGCACAGGCGCCUGGCAUUUCGAGUGCUCGACCACACGAUAAACACAGCGAGGCAAGUUAUUCGAUUCCUUCGAGAACCCUUGCACAUGCCUACAAAGGCACAACAACGACUCUGCAUGGGGUAGGUCCAGAAAACAGUAUCAUAGGUGACUAUAUGCACGCACAGAUACAAGACUCCGGAUUUGAAGCACUGGAACCCGUCCAGAGAGCGCUUUUUGGCAAAGGUCGCCGAGCCAGGGAACGUAUACACUGGAUGUUUCCCCCCGACAAAGAUGAGCGUGUGGAGAUAUUGCUCACUUGGAUACAGAAUGUAUCAUAUAGCCUCGCUACUUACGGGGUUCAUAAAUUUUUACAAACUCGCGAACGGGGGGCGUUAUUUGCCAAUGCCGAUUUUAGGCUGCCUGGAAAAGAGAAGGUUCCUGCCUUUGAUUGGCUCACAUUUGACGAGCUUCAGCGAACUAGAGACAAGAUUCUGCAGGAGUCAGUUGUUUGUUAUGAUCCAGCUGCUCAGGUUAUCGUCUUUGUGUUCCUGUCCUCAAACACGGGGAACAGUGUCGCAAUGUGGCGACGGAAAAUCCCUGUGCCAAACAACACGCGCCUAUCGUUUCAAGCACAUAUCAACCAGGCUUUGGCAGGGCUCCGGCGAGACAGUGACUACAUCGUCCAUGUUGAUGAGUUGCCUAACGACAUGCCACCAAUUACCAGAAGCAGAUCUCUGCCUGCCACUACUCAAUACAAGGGAAAGAAAAAGAAACGCAAGUGGUGGCGAGCACUAUUUGGUUUAUGA